GCCUUCUGAUCCGCCGGUGCUAUCUUACCUUCUUGAUUCGUACAUCAUCAAGUGACCGCUAUUUCAUCUACUGGAACUUAGGAGAAGGUUGACACGGGAACUCAUUUGGGUAACUUCAAAGAUUCCGCUCCCUAGCGAUUCGAUGGCGCCUCUGAUCGUUCUUUCCUCCUUCCAAAGCGAGCACUAGCUGAUAUCUCGGUAUGCUUUCGACCUUUAUCGCCCCAGUGUCCAUCUCUCGGGGCUGCAAAGUAGUCAUAUUGUCCGCAUACAAUAUGCGGGACGAUGUGACGGGUGGGAUGUACAAACUAUCCAGUGGUUCAGGGCAACAUGGCCCCUGAACUAUAUUAUCUCUAAAAGGCAGGAGAAUUGUCUGCCAGUGGUGUAUAAAUAUCCAGGUCGAGCGCCAUACAGGUAAGGCAUAACUCAUCUUUCGACAGUCUUCGCUUUUGAUUCUGUUGGAGGCAUAUUCUGUCUUCCGGGUUCUUAUUUGUCACCAUGCAUCUUUCUCUGCUCAGCUUGAGCGUGUUGGUCUCUUAUGUUCUCGCCUCUCCCACCGGCAACUAUGUCGUUCACGAGAAGCGCGAUGUUGCUCCUAUGGGUUGGAACAAGGGCGAGCGCCUCAAUCGUCGUGCUCUUAUCCCCAUGAAGAUUGCUCUGACGCAACGCAACAUCGAUCAAGGCGCAGAGUACCUGAACGAAGUCAGUCAUCCAGAGUCUUCCAAGUAUGGUCAACACUGGACUGCACAACAGGUCGCAGACCACUUUGCACCUAGUGACGAAACCAUCUCCUCGGUAAUGGACUGGCUUAUGGCUGCUGGAGUAUCUUCCGAUAGUGUCAAGUUGAGUAAAGGCAAGAACUGGAUCAACCUCGAGGCUUCGGUGGAUCAAGCAGAAUCUUUGCUUAACACGAAGUACCACGUGUAUGAGCAUGAUGCCACUGGUCAUCCUCACAUUGGCUGCGAUGAAUACAGUCUACCCAAGCACCUCAAGGACCACAUUGACUUCGUCACACCUUCUCUGCAUUUCGACACCAGAGUCAGAGAUCGCUCAGACAGACUGGACAAGCGUAAUGUGACUCCCGAAACUGGCAAGGCAAUUGGUCAGCCUGGUAGCUGGAGCACACCUCACCUGGGUAAAUACAUCAACAAGUCACAGUUCAUCAAGGAGCUCGAACAGUGUGAUGAGCAGAUUACGCCCAACUGUCUCAAGGCCUUGUACAAGAUUCCCAAGAGCACAGGCAAGAGCGUGAAGAACAGCUACGGUAUCGUCGAAUACACACCCCAGGCCUACGUACCAUCUGAUCUCGAUCUGUUCUUUGCCAACUUCUCGGAGAAGCAAGUCGGAGAUCGACCCAUCACUGAUUUGAUCGACGGCGCUACUGUCCAGCAGACCCAGAUGGGUUUCAACUACAACGGAGAGAGUAACCUCGAUCUUGAAUAUGCCAUGGCCCUUAUCUACCCUGAGAAGGUCACUCUGUACCAAGUUGGUGACCUGGUCGAAGGCGCUUCCUUCAACAACUUCCUUGAUGCCAUCGAUGCUUCAUACUGCACAUAUGAGGGUGGCGAUGAUCCGUCUCAGGAUGGUGUCUUCCCUGACACGGCCAGUGGAGGCUACAAGGGCAAGGAGGACUGCGGAACUUUUGCACCUGCCAAGGUUAUCAGCACAUCCUACGGAUACAACGAAGCCGAUCUCACACCAUUCUAUGAGAAGCGCCAGUGUGACGAGUAUAUGAAGCUUGGUCUGAUGGGUACCUCAGUCCUUUACAGCUCGGGUGACUACGGUGUUGCGGGCAACAGUGGACAGUGCAUCGCAGCCAACGGCACCUACAACUCCGGUGCGGAUGGUCGUUUCAACCCUUCUUUCCCUGCCACUUGCCCCUAUGUCACUGCUGUCGGAGCCACCCAAGUCAUUCCUGGCACCAACAUCAUCACCUCCCUCGCCACCGGUACUCAACCUGAAGAGGCCUGCGAAACUGUCAUCUACUCAGGUGGUGGCUUCAGCAACGUCUUUGAUCUUCCCAGUUACCAGUCAUCAGCUGUCAAGGGAUGGUUCAAGAACCACCCUCCUCCAUACGGCGCUGAUCGCUUCAACAACACCCAGAAGACUCGUGGUUUCCCCGAUGUUUCAGCCAACGGUGCCAACUAUGUCGUCGCCAUCGAUGGAACCUUUGCCCUGGUCUACGGAACCUCCGCUUCUUCGCCUACCUUCGGUUCUAUCCUGACCAUAAUCAACGAAAGACGUCUCCAGCUUGGCAAGAGCAGUAUUGGUUUCAUCAACCCAACCCUCUAUGCCCACCCCGAAGUCAUGAACGAUGUCACUCAAGGAGGCAACCAAGGCUGCGGUACUGCCGGCUUUAGUUCUGCCCCUGGCUGGGAUCCGGUCACCGGUCUUGGUACACCAGACUCGCUCAAGAUGAUGGCUCUGUUCUUGGCCUUGCCUUGAUAGGUUGCAGAUCUAGACGUGUAUCAUGAAAUUUGCAUUUUUCGUCUUUUCCCCCUUCCGCCGAAGCGUUCUCUGGUAUUCUAUCAUAGAUAUAACGACAAUAUUACCUUUACAACCUUAC